UGUCUCUUGCACCACCUCCUCCCUCCAUCCUACAAGUAACUCCUCAGUUACCAUUAAUGGGAUUUGUGGCCAGAGUUCAAGAAAACAUUUCAGACACACCUCCCCCUCCACCCCCAGUAGACGAAGCUGUUUUUGAUGAAUCUCCACCGCCACCCCCUCCUCCAGAGGAUUAUGAAGAAGAAGAAGCAGCUGUGGUGGAAUACAGCGAUCCUUAUGCUGAAGAGGAUCCACCAUGGGCACCAAGGACCUAUUUGGAGAAAGUUGUGGCAAUUUAUGAUUACACUAAAGACAAGGAAGAUGAACUUUCCUUUCAGGAAGGUGCCAUCAUCUACGUCAUUAAGAAAAAUGAUGAUGGGUGGUAUGAAGGUGUGAUGAAUGGAGUAACUGGACUCUUCCCCGGAAACUACGUGGAGUCCAUCAUGCACUACUCAGAGUGAAGACCACUACGGCGAGAGACAGAACCAAGAGAUUGUUGAGCUGCCCCAGGUCCCAUUGGCAGCUUGUGGGGGGAACCUGGGCGCCUGAAGGAAAGGAUCAUUGUAACAAAACCACCCCCCUUUCUUCCUUUUUAUAAAAUGGUGAUUUGAAUUGUUUUGAAGAAUGGCUCUUCCAUUUGCCAGCAGCGACCAAGCUGAAUGACCAAUAUUAAUGAGCUGACUGAUCAACAUGUAGAUACGGAGAUGUAAUCAACUUGCCAGUAAAGGGAUCCAUUACUCAAAUUGAGACCCAUUCAAUCAAAAUAUGGGAUUAUUUUUCUUUCUUUCUCAGGAAUACCCAUGCCUGGUAUUGGGGCAUCUUGGAUGUUAGCGCUAAAGGCUUUGUUAGGCUAUCUGCCACCUCUUUCCCCCCUCCUUAUUCAGCACCUAUUACUGUUGGAUAUGUGUUACUCUACUGGCAAACAUUGUGAGAUUACACACCAACUGGGUCUCAGCUUGGUUCCUUGCAUCUCAGCAAUUCUGCAAUUGUUUCACACAUAUAGCUUGAUCUAGGCUUGUAAGGAGCUCUCUCAUUUCUUCUUACAGGAGGAACAUCAUGUCAGAUAUAAUCUCCCAAUAUAUAUCUUGAGACUUCCAAGUCAUAAACUGGGCCUCUUUUGUAUCAUUCAAUUAUUUUUAAGAAGUUGGAUUAAAGAGCUUGAAGGACGAUAAAAGCUUGAUGUUUUAAAAAUGGCCUCUGUCCUUCAUAUAAUUAUAUAGCAGCCUUAUUCAGCCCUCAGUAUGCAAAAUAUUUGUAAAAUGGUUUAAAACUGCCCUCCUGAUAGUGUUCAAAAACUGCUUUCAGUCAGGCUUUAGCCGUGAAUGUUGUUACAAAGGCUGACAGCAGUCUUCUAAAAUUACCUCAUGUUUCACAAUUUGGGAAUUAGCAAGGGGACAUAAGUAUUUUAUAGAGGAAGGCUUUUGUCUGAAUUGAUUAGCCUGCUUCAGUUUGACUAUAUAGCCCAGUGU